UUACACCCGAGUCUCCUUUGCCUCUCCGAACUCGGGCCCCUCCAAUUUCGACACAACGCCACUAAAUCACCACCAAACCACCAUCACAAACACAGAUAACAAGAUGAGUGCAUCACAGGACGGCAGCUCUUCCGAGCUGACCGUGGCCGUCCUCGGCUGCGGAACAAUGGGCAUCGCCAUCCUCUCGGGCAUUCUCGCCUCGCUCAGCGAGAUCCAAGACGCCAACACCAAGCCCUCCGUGUCAGGCACCUCCACCCCGCUCUACGAAACCACGGCCACGACCCGCCUCCCCUCGCGCUUCAUCGCCUGCGUGCGCCGCCCCGAGUCCGUCAAGAAGCUCAAGGCGACCUUCGCGCCGCACCUCUCGGCCGUGACCAUCGCGCAGAACGCCAACGUGCCCUCGGUCCAGAAAGCCGACGUCGUCAUCCUCGCGUGCAAGCCGUACAUGGUGCAGGAGGUGCUGUCAGAGGCCGGGAUGGCGGCGGCGCUGGAGGGAAAGCUGCUGAUCAGCAUCCUGGCGGGGGUGACGGAGGCGCAGAUCGAGAGGACACUCGCGGCGGCCAACGGGGAGCGCGGGGCGGUCGGGUGCCGCGUGGUGCGGGCGAUGCCCAACACGGCGUCGCUGAUCCGCGAGAGCAUGACCGUCAUCGGCAUCUCCAACCCGCCGCUGGACCCGGACACGCUGGGCCUCGUGACGUGGAUCUUCAAGCGCAUCGGCGAGGUCGUCUACCUGCCGCCGUCCACUAUGGACGUGUGCACCUCGCUGUGCGGCUCCGGCCCGGCCUUCUUCGCCCUCAUGCUCGAGGCCGCCAUCGAUGGUGCGGUUGCUAUGGGCCUGCCCCGCGCCGAGGCCCAGCGCAUGGCCGCGCAGACUAUGAAGGGUGCCGCGGGCCUGGUGCUGAACGGGGACCACCCCGCGCUGUUGAGGGAUAAGGUUAGCACCCCCGGCGGGUGUACGAUCGGAGGGUUGUUGGUGCUGGAGGAGGGGAGGGUAAGGGGUACGGUUGCGCGCGCGGUUAGGGAGGCGACCGUCGUGGCGAGCCAGCUUGGGCAGGGCGUGCAGGGGGUGAAUGGGACGAGGUUUCCUGGGAGUCAGUUGCAAUAAGCGGAAAGGGUCAUAGGACAGGCCUGGGGUAGAGACAUAAAAUGUUUGUUUCCUUUAGGGUAAUCGGGCCCGAGGUAUGCGAUAGACGAUGGUUAAAAAAAUGUUUUCAAUACUUGAGAACUCAUCGGCAAGUAGGUCCCAAAUGCCAACCUCCCCCCAUC